AUGGAUAGGCUCGUAAUACUAGUUUCCAUGUUUGUUUUCUGCCUUUCCAUUUCCGCUUCGGUUCAAGCCGAUAAUGCUCCUAGUCCGUCGCCGAUACCCUCUAGAAAAAUAACUCCGGCGGCUUCUCCGACGACUCCUCCAACAACUUCUCAACCACCCACUUCCCAUUCUCCAGCAACAUCGCCGCCAUCUGCUUCGCCAACUAUUUCUCCAGCAACGCCGCCUCCUCCUGCAGCAACUCCAGCACCAACUCCUGCAAAAACUCCGUCUACCGCCCCGCUCCCAUCUCCAGAAACAACUCCGGCCGCCGCUCCCACACCUACUGUGACUUCCCCGUCUCCGUCCUCUUCCCCGACAUCCCCUCCAACGGCGGAAACUCCAGCAAUCACUCCGGUCGGGGCCCCACCAGCAACAGCAGAAGGUCCGGCUGUUGUGGCCACGCCUGAGAUGUCUCCAUCCGACGGCGUUCCACCGCCUAUUGUCUUCCCGUCGACUGGCACUCCUCCUAUGUCUCCUGCGGCAUCAAACUUGGCGCCCGAAACGGUUCAGGGUCCGGUUAGCGACGAGUCGGGUUCAAGGUCCGCAUACGAGGCCCGAACCGCUUUAUGCUGGUUAUUGGGCAUUGGAGCCGCUUUAGUUAUUUAG